CUCAUCGGUUCUGCUGUGUGGUAUUGGAAGAUAGAUCACGCUUGGAGUUGUGUGUGAAGCCUAUGAGAAACAAGUGAAAUUGCAGUGACUCAUGAAGCAGUGCACGAUGGAUCCCAGUAUUCUAGCAACCAUGGACCGUGACGCACUGAAAAAGCAGAUCGAAAACAUGAAGUACCAGGCCUCGAUGGAGCGGUGGCCAUUGUCGAAGAGUAUCGCAGCCAUGCGAGAAUACGUGGAGGAGAACGAAAAGAAUGAUCCGCUGAUUCACGCACCGGACAAGAAGAAUAAUCCUUGGGCCGAGAAGGGCAAAUGUGUCAUCAUGUAAAUAGCGUCCUAUCUUCUACCAAUACUACUACUUGUUCUUCUACUACUUCUACUACCACCACCACUACUACUACUACUAGUACUUCUACCAUCACUACGCUUCUACAUCUACCAAAAACCGACUACUACUUCUUCCUCCUCACCAUCACCACAACAAAAUCACUUCUAGUAGGGCAGCCUGUUGCUUGUUCUGCUACGACAACAGCUACUAGAUCACUAUUUUCGUCCACUUUUGCUCUCGCUGGCAAAGAGAAACAGGACCAGAACUAAGCCAAUCUCAGCAGCUUCGACAGGCAGCUGCCUCGCUGCUCCCCAUUUGCCACCCACACUACCUCCUUCCCCCAGGCGGUUGGUGAAAUGUUUUAUAGAGUUUCCUUGGAACAGCUAACGCAAACCGAAUUUCUUAUCGAAUACUCACCAAAACCUUGGACCACUCGCGGCGAAACAAACCGAAAAAUCGAAAUAACCGAAAUCAAACUAAGGCGAAAGUCAAUCAAUAAGAUCACUAGAACAUCGCAAACAUAGAGUAAUCGAAGCGAAGCUGGAGCCGGCCGACCAGACGGCGUUUUACGAGUGUUUAGUAAACGAAAGAAUCUUCUAGUUAACUCUCACGAUACUCACUAUCACUAUAGAAACCAACGAGAAGAUCUGACAGUUUGAGGUCCACUAAAAGAAAAAAAAACUCUCCGUUGGAGUCUGUUUUAUUGUUGUUAAACUAUUUCGUUUGAGUGUAGUUUUUUAAUUCCCCUAUUUAAUUUGUUUCGUUUCGAAAUGGUGUACAUUUUAAAUCUGUUGGUUGUCAUGCGUGGAUUGUUUGAUUCUCCCCGAUGUCGUUUAUGGUUUAACACGCGUUUGAACUAACAAUUGCUGUAAAAAACAAGUGUGGACAGUGUUGUGAACACAAUGGAUAAGAAAACUUCAACAGACAACCGUACACUAACUCAAGCGUUUGCUUUGCAAUGGAGAGUGAAUCCUAGUCGAAAUUAUUAUAUUACCAUCUCGUUGAAAUCCUGAUUUUAUUUAACUUUGAUUUGGAAACAAGGUGUACAUUUAGUUUGAUCGGUAAAUUUGUAUGUCCACACAAGACACGCUAUAGUAAAAGACGAGGGAAGUAUGUGUGCGCCGGAGGAGGUAAACAAAAGGUGGAGGGAAAACGAAAACGAACACAUGCAACUAUGGUCUCGAAUUGUGCUAUCUGUGCAAAAUCUGAAUGAUUAAAGAUUAAAGAGCGUUAGCGUGACUGGCUAAUGGAUAUCAA